CGUCAAAACUUUUAGUUGGGUCUUUAAUUACCUUUAUUUUAAACACAAGCAGGGAAGAAGUGAAAUAUUCUACAUCGAAUUUCGAGAAUGAUGUUUUACAUAUUGUCUUUCAUAUUGAUGCUUACUAAUCAACAUGGAAUGGUUGUCGCAGAUGAACGAAAUUGUCCAUCUUUGCAGUGUGACCCGAGAACCACUGCAUGCCCGUAUCAGUCAUUCUAUGCGGACAUCUCGUCAAGGACUAUAUGCCGCGCGUGCAACGUCUGUAUAAAACCAGGGUCACCGGUAGAUUCGAAAGGCUGUCCACAAUUACCAUGUCCGAAAACUGUUCCAUCUGGCGCGUGCAUGCAUCCGUGGUUUCAUAACAGCUGGGUCAUGUAUAAUGGAAUCCAAUGUCAAACAUGUGAAUCACUUUUAUGCAAUGUAUAAAGCACAUUUAAAGGCCCAUUAUGCCUCUGAAA